AUGUCCCUGCUGUGCGUGGGAGUGAAGAAAGCCAAACUGGAUGGACCCCAAGAGAAGUUCAACACGUACGUGACUCUGAAGGUACAAAAUGUGAAGAGCACAACCAUCGCUGUCAGGGGCGACUUGCCCAGCUGGGAGCAAGACUUCAUGUUUGAAAUUAGCCGCCUCGACCUGGGUCUGACAGUCGAGGUGUGGAACAAAGGGUUAAUCUGGGACACCAUGGUCGGCACUGUGUGGAUUCCCCUCCGUGGCAUCCGACAGUCAAAUGAGGAAGGUCCAGGGGAGUGGCUCACACUGGACUCUCAGGUCAUCAUGUCUGAUAAUGAGAUCUGUGGCACCAAAGAUCCCACUCUCCACCUGGUGCUACUCGACACACGCUUCGAGCUGCCUCUGGAUAUCCCAGAGGAUGAGGCAAGGUACUGGGCCAAAAAACUGGAGCAGAUCAACGCCAUGCGGGACCAAGAUUAUUCAUACCAAGAGGAACAGGAACGCCCUCUUCGUGCACCGAGCACCCAGUGCUAUGAGGAUCCAGACAGUGCUGUGGACGACAGGGACAGUGACUAUCGCAGUGAAACCAGUAACAGCAUCCCCCCUCCCUACUACAGCACAUCUCAGCCCAAUGCCUCUGUCCACCAAUAUCCCAUCAGCCACCAGCACCGCAGCUCCAGAAGCCCCUCUCACCCGCACUCGGGCAACAGCCAGGACCCUGAAUACAACAAUCAGAGGACUGUCAGCCCCACCGGGAGCUAUGCAUCGUCUGCAGAGUUGAGUCGGUGCAGCAGCCAGCUGAGUGAGGAGGAUUAUGGCGUUGAGUACGGAGAGAGGGACCCUUACGAUGAGAACGACUCGUACCACUCCUGCCAUUCCUCAGUCAGCUGCAGCAAAGGCUCUCCUGACUGGGACCCUGAUGAGACUCAGGGGGCGUACAGCGAUGAAGGUGGUUACAGCAAAGACGGAGGAGAGGAGGUGGCUCUGUACGAGGAGGAGGAUGCCGGACUGUAUGAGGGAGAAGAGGAUGGCCUCUAUGAGGAUGAGGAGAUGAUGUAUGAUGAUGAGGAUUUGUACAACUUGGAAGGGACUUUCAGUGAGGACAUGGAGCCUCCUUUCACUCCCACGCCAACGUCAACUGUCCCUCCAACUCUCGAUGUUCCUACCUCCAGACCUCCUCUUGAAAAACAGCCGACCCUCCACCAACAGCAGCCUGCUACUCAGCCCUCUAACCAAACAUCCAACCAGGCUCAUCCUCCUGGCGUGGCCGCAGCAGCACAGCCCCAAUCUGGUCAACCAACAGCCCAACCACCUAAACAGCCCCAAGCACAGCCACAGCCACAGCCAGCCCCAUCAGCAACUUCCUUCUUUUCAAUGGCCAACCCUCUUACAGCUGCAGUCACGGGCUUGGCCUCUUCUUUCCUCUCCUCGGUUCCCACCGCCCAGCCCGCCCAGUCUCAACCUCCAGCCUCUGCCGUAUCGCAACAGCACCAGUCUGUUGCAGCCAGCUCUGUCCCUCCAUCCCACCCGUCCACCGUGACUAACUCAGCCGCUCAGCACCCCUCCACCACCACGGGUCCCUUAUCCAAACAGAUCCCAGCAUCCGCAGAGUCCCAAUCCCAAUUCAGAGAUCCUGCCACCACACAGUUGGCUGCCCACAAGGACCAGGCUCCCCAGCUGGAGGAAGAACCAUGGCUAGAGGAGGAAAUGAUGUUGGAGAGUGAGGAAAGGACGCCCCCAGCCCAGUCGGAGGAGAUGCUCCCCAUGGAGGAGGAGGAGGAGCAGUUUGAAGAUAGCAGACCCCCGACACCAGAAGAGUUAGAAGAGAUACCACCUGAGAGCCCUCCAGUUAUAGAAGAGCCCAGAGAGCCAGUCGAUCCAGCAGUCAGAGCCAAACAGAAUUGGCUCAGGCUUUACAACAAGGUCUUAGAGCAGCUGCGGGAGGCUCGAGGAGAGACUUCCACCUCACUGUGGUUCGGUAAAGGAGGAAUGGGAGGGGCACUCUACAGCAUUGACAGCAUGCCUGACCUUCGCAAGAGGAAAGCCAUUCCUCUCGUCAGAGAUCUGUCUCUGGUGCAGAACUCUCGUAAAGCUGGCAUCACAUCAGCCAUGGCUUCCACCACUCUUGGAAAUGAAGAGUUGAAGAGCCAUGUCUAUAAAAAGACUCUACAGGCUCUGAUCUACCCCAUCUCCUCCACUACUCCUCAUAACUUUGAGGUGUGGACAGCCACCACCCCCACCUACUGCUAUGAAUGUGAGGGGCUGCUGUGGGGUAUCGCCCGCCAAGGCAUGCGCUGCUCCGAGUGCGGCGUCAAAUGCCACGAUAAGUGCCAGGACUUACUGAAUGCCGACUGUCUGCAGAGAGCUGCAGAGAAGAGCUCCAAGCACGGGGCUGAGGACCGCACCCAGAACAUCAUCAUGGUCCUGAAGGACCGCAUGAAGAUCAGAGAGAGGAACAAACCGGAGAUCUUUGAGCAGAUACAGGAAGUGUUUGCCCUCGACAAAUCAACACAUGCCACGCACAUGAAGCAGAUCAAGCAGAGUGUGCUUGACGGGACCUCAAAAUGGUCGGCAAAGAUCAGCAUCACUGUGGUGUGUGCUCAGGGCUUGCAGGCUAAAGACAAAACAGGCUCCAGUGACCCGUAUGUCACUGUUCAAGUUGGGAAGACCAAGAAGAGAACCAAGACUAUCUAUGGCAACCUCAACCCUGUCUGGGAAGAAAAUUUCCACUUCGAGUGCCAUAACUCGUCCGAUCGCAUCAAGGUCCGCGUGUGGGACGAGGACGAUGACAUCAAGUCUCGUGUGAAACAAAGGUUCAAACGUGAGAGCGAUGACUUCCUGGGUCAAACCAUCAUUGAAGUCCGCACUCUGAGCGGGGAGAUGGAUGUCUGGUACAACCUGGACAAGAGAACAGAUAAGUCUGCUGUGUCGGGAGCCAUCCGGAUGCACAUAAGUGUGGAAAUCAAAGGGGAGGAGACUGUAGCUCCUUACCAUGUCCAGUACACAUGUCUACAUGAGCAUCUGUUCCAGUACACCACUGAGGAGCAGAACGGCGGUGUAGUAAAAAUCCCUGAUGCCAAAGGAGAUGAUGCCUGGAAGGUGUAUUUUGAGGAGACGGCUCAGGAGAUAGUGGAUGAGUUCGCCAUGAGAUACGGAGUAGAGUCCAUCUACCAGGCCAUGACCCACUUUGCCUGCUUAUCGUCCAAGUACAUGUGCCCAGGAGUGCCCGCUGUGAUGAGCACCCUGCUGGCCAACAUCAACGCUUACUACGCCCACACCACCCAGUCGUCCAACAACGUUUCUGCCUCGGACAGAUUUGCUGCAUCAAACUUUGGCAAGGAGAGGUUUGUCAAACUGCUGGAUCAGCUGCACAACUCCCUGAGGAUCGACCUGUCCAUGUACCGGAAUAACUUCCCGGCCAGCAGUCCUGAACGACUACAAGAUCUCAAGUCUACUGUUGAUCUCUUGACAAGCAUCACAUUCUUCAGGAUGAAGGUCCAGGAGCUGCAGAGUCCCCCGAGGGCGAGCCAGGUGGUGAAGGACUGCGUGAAAGCGUGUCUCAACUCCACCUACGAGUAUAUCUUCAACAACUGCCACGACCUCUACAAUAGGGAAUAUCAGACAGACCCUGCAGUGCCUCCAGAUGAGCAGGGUCCCAACAUCAAGAACCUCGACUUCUGGUCCAAACUCAUCACUCUCAUCGUCUCCAUUAUAGAAGAGGACAAAAACUCCUACACGCCUUGUCUUAAUCAGUUUCCCCAGGAACUGAAUGUGGGCAAGAUUAGCGCUGAGGUCAUGUGGAAUAUGUUUGCACAAGAUAUGAAAUAUGCCAUGGAGGAGCACGAGAAGAACCGCCUGUGUAAAAGUGCAGAUUAUAUGAACUUGCACUUCAAGGUAAAGUGGCUCUAUAAUGAAUACUGCAAGGAGCUGACCACUUUCCAGAAGCACGUCCCUGAAUAUCCAGCCUGGUUUGAGCCAUUUGUCAUCAUGUGGCUGGAUGAAAAUGAGGAGGUGUCCAGAGAUUUUCUUCAUGGAGCCCUGGAGAGGGACAAAAAAGACGGGUUCCAGGUCACAUCAGAGCACGCUUUGUUCUCCUGCUCGGUGGUGGACGUGUUCUCUCAGCUCAAUCAAAGCUUUGAAAUCAUCCGCAAACUGGAGUGUCCUGACCCGCAGAUUGUUGGGAACUACAUGAAGAGAUUCGCCAAGACCAUCGGCAAUGUCCUGUUGUCUUAUGCUGACAUCAUACAGAAAGACUUCCAUAAUCAUGUCAAGAAGGAGAAAGUGCCGUGUAUCAUCAUCAAUAACAUCCAGCAGCUCAGGGUCCAGUUGGAGAAGAUGUUUGAGGCCAUGGGAGGCAAAGAUCUCAACUUGGAUGCCAGUGACUUCCUGAAGGAGCUGCAGAACAAACUCAACAGCGUCAUGGACGACCUCAGCCGCAUAUUUGCAGUCAGUUUCCAGCCCCAGAUUGAGGACAACGUGAGGCAGAUGGGGGAUAUCCUGGCUCAAGUCAAAGGUCAGACUGUACCAGCCAAUGGCAGCGUGGUUCAGGAGGCCGACAACGUCCUACAGCCCAUCAUGGACUUCCUGGACAGCAAUCUGUCGCUGUUUGCCAAGAUCUGUGAAAAGACCGUCCUGAAGCGAGUGCUGAAAGAGCUUUGGAAACUGGUGAUGAACACAAUGGAAAAAACGAUUGUUCUUCCAACCCUCACUGAUACGUCGCAAGGGACCCAGAUGAUCUUCAAUGCUGCUAAGGAGCUGGGCCAGCUUUCUAAGCUCAAGGAGCACAUGGGGCGAGAGGAGGCCAAAGCUCUGACUCCUAAACAGUGUGCCGUUAUAGAGCUGGCACUGGACACCAUUAAGCAAUACUUUCAUGCUGGUGGCGUUGGCCUGAAGAAAACCUUCUUGGAGAAGAGUCCAGACCUGCAGUCUCUGCGCUACGCCUUGUCUCUGUACACACAGGCCACGGACAAACUCAUCAGGAAGUUUAUCCUCUCGCAGAACGCUCAGGCAUCUAGCGUGGACUCAGUUGGCGAAGUGAUCAUGACCGUGGAUAUCUUACCCCAACCGAAUGGAGAACACAAGAUCAAUGUCAAAGUGGUUGCUGCGAAUGACCUGAAGUGGAGGGCGCAGGGCUUCAGGCCUUUCGUGGAGGUUUACAUCAUCGGCCCUCACCUCAGUGACAAGAAGAGGAAAUUUGCCACCAAGUCCAAGAACAACGCCUGGUCUCCGAAGUUCAGCGAGAGCUUCCAGUACUCCCUCGGCACGGAGGCGGGUCCCGAGAGCUACGAGCUGCAGGUGUGCGUGAAGGACUACUGCUUCGCCCGGGAGGACCGCACCGUGGGCAUGGCCCUGCUGCAGGUGAAGGCCAUCGCCAGCAAGAGCAGCAUCACCUGCUGGAUGCCGCUGGGACAGCGUGUCCACAUGGACGAGACGGGCCUGACGGUGCUGCGCAUCCUCUCCCAGCGCAACAACGACGACGUGGCCAAGGAGUUUGUGAAGCUGAAGUCGGACCAGCGCUCGGCCGAGGAGGGCCGCAGCUGA